AUGGAAGCUGCCUCUUGUGAUGAACAUGGAAACUUCCAGCCUUACCGAACUUCCUUCCAUUUUCAAGCUCAUAAUAAUUGGCUCAACGAUCCGAACGGGCCAUUGUACUACAAAGGAUUCUACCAUCUGUUCUACCAACACAACCCUUUGAAUCCAUUUUUCGGUGAUAUUAUGGUAUGGGGACACUCUGUUUCACAAGAUUUAGUCAACUGGAUCAAACUAGAACCAGCCCUUUCUCCCUCAGUUCCCUCUGACAUCAACAGCUGCUGGUCAGGAUCCACCACCAUCCUCCCUGAUGGCAAACCUGUAAUUUUGUACACCGGAAGCGACACCAAUAAACAUCAGGUCACAGUUCUUGCUGAGCCUAAGGAUCCUUCCGACCCUUUGCUUCGUGAAUGGGUAAAACCUAAAGGCAAUCCUGUUAUGGUUCCACCUAGUAACGUCCCGGUUGAUUGUUUCCGUGACCCAACGACGGCGUGGCAAGGGCAUGAUGGGAAGUGGAGAGCGCUUGUAGGAGCUAAGGAGAAAGAUAGUAACAAAGGAAUGGCGAUUUUGUACCACACUGAUGAUUUUGUGCAAUGGACAAAGUUUCUAGUGCCUUUACUUGAGUCACAAGUCACCGGAAUGUGGGAGUGUGUGGACUUUUUCCCUGUUGCGGUCACUGGUAAAGAGGGUUUAGAUACUUCGGUGAAUAAUUCUAGUGUGAGGCAUGUGUUAAAGACAAGUUAUGGAGGCAAUGAUUGCUAUGUCAUUGGCACAUACUCUUCAGAGACUGAUGUAUUUUCUGCGGAUUCCGAGUUUACUAACACAGCUGAAGAUCUGAGAUAUGAUUAUGGCAAUCUGUUUGCGUCCAAGGCUUUCUUUGAUAGUGCUAAGAAUCGAAGGAUCUCAUGGGGAUGGAUUAUGGAAAGAGAUAGCAAUGAAGAUGAUAUUGUCAAAGGAUGGGCUGGAAUUAUGGCUAUUCCAAGGGAGAUUUGGUUGGAAAAAAGUGGAAAGAAGCUGAUGCAGUGGCCAGUUGAAGAAAUCAACAAUCUUAGAGCCAAAAAUGUUAGCUUGGAUAGCAAGCAACUCGAAGGCGGCUCCAUCCUUGAGAUAUCUGGCAUUACUGCUUCACAAGCCGACAUAGAAGUAGCUUUUGAUCUACCUGAUCUAGAAAAUGAUACCGAGGCUUUGGAUUCAGAGGAAGUUGAUCAAGCGACUAUAAUCGAUGGUUAUAGCGCAUCGGUUAAAGGUUUUUAUGGACCUUUUGGAUUGUUAGCAUUGGCUAGCAAUGAUUUAUCAGAGCACACUGCAAUCUUCUUUAGAGUUAAUCGUCGUGGGAAUGGAUAUGCGGUUUUAAUGUGCAGCGAUGAGAGCAAGUCUUCCUUGAGAGACAACAUAGAAAAAGCUACCCUUGGAACAUCCUUAGACAUUGAUCCAAGACAUGAGAAGAUAUCAUUAAGAUGUUUGAUUGAUCACUCGGUUAUAGAGAGCUAUGGGGGAGGAGGAAGAAGUGUGAUAACAUCUAGGGUUUAUCCGAAAAUGGCAAUUGGUGAAGAAGCUAGGCUUUACGUGUUCAAUCAUGGAACAAAGGCUGUGACCAUGUCAUCUUUGGAAGCUUGGAGCAUGAGAAAAGCCCAAAUCAAUUCAAACGAAACCUAAUUAGCGAAAUGUUUGUAAUGACUGCAAUAUCCUAUCUUUGGACAACCAAAAUGAGCAAGAUGUUUUAUCAUUUCUUAUGACUGUUGAAAUGUGUAAGAUUUA